UGGGAGUGAGUGGUUGUGGAGGAGUGGCGCGGAGAGCCCAAGGGUAGCAGGAAGGACUGAUGGGUGUUGACAGUCUUACUCUGUCCAUACCUUAGUCCAUCAUUCUUAUAUCAAACCAGUCUACAUGUCCGGUGCAUAAAGUCCAUGUCGCAUCGUUGCUCUUAGUCCAUAAAAAGGUGUGCUGUAAACAAGGUACCGCUGUGGUGUCACUCGAGUCGGAGCACCAUCAAGUCGAAAGAUGGCGUCCGGAUUCCGCGUGGACGGCCAGCAGGUGGACGGCUUCUGGAUGCUGUCCGUGCUGGUCACGGACCUACAGAUCGAGAAGCGUGUCCGUGUCCGCGGGGACAUGCACGUCGGUGGCGUCAUGUUCAAGCUGGUCGAGGGCAUGGACGGUAUGGACUGGUCGGACCACGCGCUCUUCUGGCCAGAGCGGCGCCGCUGGCUGCUGCGCACCAAGUCGACGCUGGACCAGUACAGCGUGGACGCCGACGCCAGCCUCAUCUUCACGCCCAUGCACAAGACGCUGCGACUGCAGCUGCCGGAUCUGCGCCACGUCGACCUGCGCGUCAACUUCAGCGCCACCUGCUUCGACGCCGUGGUGGACCUCUGCAAGCAGCUGGGUAUCCGGCACCCCGAGGAGUUAUCGCUGAGCCGACCCCUGUCGCGAGCGCACCUCAAGGCUAACUUCCAGUCGCACGCGGCGGCGCGGCCGGCGGCGCGCGCCGCCGACGCCCCGCCGGCCGACACCAACACAUUCAUCGGCGCCGACGCAGCCUCGCACGGCAGCGACAAUAGCCUCGACGGCCCGGUCUCCCCCGGUCGGCGAGCCAACUCAUCCGGCUCGCUGCUCGACUCGACGUGGCGGUCAGCGCCGCCGGGCACGCCCUCCAGCACGCUGGGCGGCUCACUGAGCGGGCUGAGCUCGCUCAGCCACAGUCUGACGGCCGGCCGCUCGGGCUCCGGCACCGGCCUGGACGGCCUGGACUCGGGCCUGGCGCACAGCCCGAUAGUGCCGGCCGCGCAGGCGCAACGCCUCCUCGUCCGGCCGCGCUCGCUGCUCGAGAGGGCGCGCAUGAACGUGGCGUGGCUGGAUUCGUCGCUUUCAAUCAUGGAACAGGGCGUGGACGAGAACGACACGCUGCUCUUGCGCUUCAAGUUCUACACCUUCUACGAUCUGGACCCCAACUACGACGCGGUGCGCAUCAACAUGCUGUACGAGCAGGCCAAGUGGCAAAUCCUGAACGAGGAGAUUGACUGCACCGAGGAAGAGAUGCUGUUGUUCGCCGGCCUACAGCUGCAGGUGAACCUGCAGGGCUCGCUGCCCCGCCUCAGCUCCAGCCGCGCCCAGCCGCCGCCGUCGCCGCCCGAGGACGACGUCGCCUCGGCGCUGGACCAGCUGCAGGUCAAGCUGGAAGGCACGCAUGUCAACGGCGCAGGCGGCAGCCUGACGCAGGUGCCGCGGCUGGCCGACUACCUACGCUUCCUCAGGCCGCGGCGGUUCACGCUAAAGGGCUUCAAGCGGUACUGGUUCGUGUACAAGGACAUGUCGCUGUACCUGUACAAGUCUGAGGAGGAGGCGGACCAGCAGCCGUACCUGCAGGUGGACCUGAAGGGCUGUGAGGUUGUGCCAGACGUCAACAUUGCCGGCGGCAAGUACGGGAUCAAGCUGCAGGUGCCGGCCCCCGACGGCCUGUCCGACAUGAUGCUCCGCUGCGAGUCGGAGGAGCAGUACGCCCGGUGGGUCUCGGCCUGCCGGCUGGCGGCCCGCGGCCGUAGCAUGGCCGACUCCUCGUUCGAGACGGAGGUGCGCGCCACCCAGGAGCGGCUGGCGCUGCAGCGGCCGGCCCCGACGCCGGCCAUCAGUCCGCACACGCUGCAGAUCGAGCCAGACGACUACGUACCGCCCCGGUUCACCAAGAAACUGCGCGGAAAGCUCACGCAGAAGAUACUGGAGGCACACGCCAACGUGGCGAACUACGGCCUCGUCGAGGCCAAGCUGAACUACAUCAAGUCUUGGAAGGCGCAGCCCGAGUUCGGAAUAUCCUUUUUCGUGGUGAAACUGCUGAAGGCCAAGAAGGAGGAGCUGCUCGGCAUCGCCUUCAACCGCCUCAUCCGCAUGGACAUCAACGGCAACCAUGCGAAGACCUGGCGCUACGACACCAUGAAGGCAUGGAACGUGAACUGGGAGGUGCGGCACAUGAUGGUGCAGUUCGAUGGGGAGAACAUCGUGUUCGAGUGCCUCUCCUCCGACUGCAAGGUGGUGCACGAGUUCAUCGGCGGCUACAUCUUCCUCCAGCUGCGCUCCAAGGACUCGAGCCAGACGCUGGACCGCGAGCUCUUCCACAAGCUGACAGGCGGCUGGCGGUAGAGCGACGGCCGUCGCUCCGGACAGCCGCGGCCGGCCGGG